AGAGGGAGAGAGAGAAAAGAGGGGUGUGAGAGAGCAAAGGACCGCUUGGCACACAGACAGAUAGACGGCAUAGAAGGGGCACUUGUUUUCCCCCCUCUUCUCUCUCUUCAGCUUUAAAAAGUGAAACGGCCCUUUGAAGAGGAAGAGAGGGGGGCAGUCCUGUACUCACAUCCAGCCUGGACUGUAAGGAGCAUUUAGUGUGCCGACACUAACCCAGAUACCAGACACAACACAGAGAGAGAGCCAGCUGAGGACCUGACAGAGCACAGGCAUGAACGACAUCAAGCUGGCCCUGCUUGGAAGCCAGGGGGCCGGGAAAUCAGCUGUCCUUGUGCGGUUCCUGACCAGGCGCUUCAUCGGUGAAUAUGCCUCAAAUGCCAAUUCCCUGUACCAUAAAAGGCUGUCAAUCGAUGGCAGGCAGCUGAAUCUGGAAGUUUUUGACCCCUGCUCUCAGAGCUCAGAGGCCAGGUGUAUACUGGAGGAGCCGGUGGACUGGGCAGAUGGCUUUGUGGUGGUGUACAACAUCAGUGACCGCACUUCCUUCAUCAACGCCAAGAACAUCCUGCGUCAGAUUCGGGAGGCACGCAUAGACAACUGCAAAGGGGAGACGGAGGUUGCUGUGUGUCUGGUGGGUAACAAGCAGGACCUGUGUCAUGCCCGGCAGGUGCGCGAGGACGAAGGCCGCUGCCUGGCUCAGGAGAACCGCUUUCACUUCCAGGAGGUCUCAGCAGCCGAGAGCUACCAGGACAUCGCCAACCUCUUCACCCAGCUCAUUCGACAGGUGAUGGAGCACCUCAAGUACAGGGCUGACCGGAGACGCUACAGCGGCUCCAAGUCCAUGGCCAAGCUCAUCAACAAUGUGUUUGGCAAGAGGAGGAAGUCUGUGUGACCGUCCCAGUGAGGUCAGCAGCCAAUCAGGAGGAGGCACUGGGAUGUUGUGUGUGGACCUGUGCUAAAGGGAACUGGUCAAGAGGUUACAUGCUAGGUCUGUAAACUGUUUAGUACACAGCGGCAACAUGGAAGAGGUGUGAAUGGUGUAUGUGGGUCACAUUAACAAUAACACGGAAAUAUUAGUCUUGUAGAAGUCUUUGGUUUUGUACUUGUUGUUGGGUUUACCUAGGAUGUGUUACUCUGCUUUGAGUUUAGAUGAUUAAUAGACUAUUAAUUAGAAAGGACUAAUUAUGUCAACAUAUAUAUUAAAAUAAAGCAGGUUAUUGUUGACAAAAAGGGGUCACAAGAUGAUUAGCAGGAAAGGACAGCAUAAAAAACCCACAUUUUUUGCAACACAAAACUACAUUUUCAUUCAGACUUUUUUCUUGAAUUCAAAUGUAAGACAAACAAAAAAAGUUGGGCUGGUCACCACUUCUACACUUAACCAUGAAGAGGGGUUCCAAAUUGCUUUCCCCCACAGGAUGUUUCAUUUAUUUUGGCCAAGUAGAUCUCUGCUCAGGUUCAAGUUGGGCAGAGUAAUGGUGGUAAUUCUGUGAGUUCAUUAAACUACAAUAGAGUGCAACAGGAAUGAGUCUUCAAACCCAGAACUAAGUUAGCAUUUUAACUGAGGUUAGCACUUCGGGUUCCCUAGCCUCAAAGUUAGUGGGUUUAUUAAAUGGAUUUUGUUUAUAUGACUGAAAUAAGAUCUGUGGUCAACACGAGCUUAAGAAAUGUUCACGUUUUUACCUCACCUGUAAAGCUUUUAUGUGUCUUAAAAUAGCGGUUGCUAACAAGUCACUAAAUGAGACUACAGAGGUUGUCGGUGACAUUAAAGCAUUAUCAGCACA